AUGAAGACCAAGAAACCACUGAAGGAACUCAAUCUCCGUGUACCAGCUCAAGAAACCCCAAUCUCUAGCUUCUUAACUGCCAGUGGAACAUUUCACGAUGGAGAUUUGCUAUUAAACCAGAAAGGUUUGCGGCUCAUUUCUGAAGAAAAGGAACCUCGUCCUAUCGAAAGUAAGGACACUGAUCUUCAAUUCUCAUUGGAAGACCUUGAGACCAUCAAAGUCAUUGGAAAGGGAAGUGGUGGCGUAGUUCAACUUGUUCGCCAUAAAUGGGUUGGAACUUUAUUUGCCUUGAAGGUUAUCCAAAUGAACAUACAAGAGGAUAUCCGUAAACAAAUAGUGCAGGAGCUGAAAAUAAAUCAAGCAUCUCAGUGUUCACAUGUCGUAGUUUGCUACCACUCUUUCUAUCAUAAUGGAGCUAUCUCUUUUGUGUUUGAAUACAUGAACCGUGGGUCGUUGGCAGAUGUAAUCAGACAAGUAAAGACAAUCCUUGAACCAUAUCUGGCAGUUGUUUGUAAACAGGUUUUACAGGGUCUCAUGUACUUGCACCAUGAAAGACAUGUGAUCCAUAGGGACAUAAAGCCAUCCAAUCUGCUAGUAAACCACAAAGGGGAAGUAAAGAUUACAGACUUUGGCGUGAGUGCAAUGCUCGCCAACUCUAUGGGCCAGAGGGACACAUUUGUUGGGACUUAUAAUUACAUGGCACCUGAAAGAAUCAGUGGGAGCACAUAUGACUAUAAGAGUGAUAUUUGGAGUUUGGGCAUGGUGAUACUUGAGUGUGCUAUAGGACGUUUUCCUUACAUACAAUCUGAAGACCAGCUAGAUUGGCCAGGCUUUUAUGAGCUUUUGGAGGCAAUUGUGGGAAAUCCAGCACCUUCUGCUCCAACAGAUCAAUUCUCCCCUGAGUUCUGUUCAUUCGUCUCAGCCUGCAUACAGAAAGACCCUGGAGACAGAUCGUCAUCUUUGGACCUUUUGAACCACCCAUUCAUCAAGAAGUUUGAAGACAAGGACAUUGAUCUUGGGAUUCUGGUAGGUAGUUUGGAAGCUCCUGCUAAUUUUACGACGUAAUGACAUUCCAAAUUGUAAAAUGUUUUUGUUCAAAUGUAUCAGCCAACAGUUCUGCUCAAAGAUUUUACAUAACUCUGUUUAUAACACUAUUAAGAUUUGAGACACAUGACAUGAGAAACCUUGC